AUGGCACCGAAAACAGGUACAGCUUACAAGGUUAAUAAACUGCAAGUGAAUAUAUUAGAUGGAAAACACAUUAGUGCCAAAAAGGCAGCAAGCUAUUUGCAUUCUGUUCGACAACAGCAUCAGCAGCAGCAGCAUCAGCAGCAGCAUCAACCAACGAAAAAUCCAACUAGCAACAUCUCUUCAACUAAUGGUAUAACAUCCACACCGGAGCCAUCUUGGAACCCCAAACAUUUUCGGUUAUUCGUAGGCAAUUUGGGUCCCGAUGCAAAUGACGACCUUUUACGUGGAGCAUUUCGUAAAUACAGCAGUAUGAGUAAUGUGCAUGUGCCAAUGGAUAAACAAGCAAGAAAACCAAGAGGGUAUGGUUUUGUUGCUUUUGCCAAUGCAGAUGACUAUUUGCAAGCGUUUAAAGAUAUGAAUGGAAAGUACAUUGGGCAGUACCCUGUGCAGUUGAAACGGGCAGAAUCAAGUGUUCCAAAAAAACACAAAAAUAAAUCGAAACGAUAA